AUGACUCAUGUAGACGCCCUCAGUAGAAACCCUAUAGCAAUCACCAACCUUGAGUUAGAAGUGUUCCAAAUAGAUUUGACGGAAGCGGAUUGGAUUACUGCAGCACAAUUGCAUGAUGAACAGAUUUGUAGAAUUCGGAACAUACUAUCGAGUAAAGUAAGGAAUAAUGAGACGAAGUUAUAUUUCGAUAAAUACGAAUUGAAAAACGACAAAUUGUACAGGAAAUUAGACGAUGGAACUAAAGCAUGGGUUGUUCCAUUAGCAGCACGUAUGCAAAUUUGUCGUUUAUGUCACGACGAUUCUGGACACCUUGGAGUAGAAAAGGUUUUACAGCGAAUAAGAAGAAACUACUGGUUCGCGAAAAUGAGAAAAUUCGUAACAAAAUAUGUUAACGCUUGCCUAAACUGUAUGUACUAUAAGAAGUGCUCCUCAAAACGGCAGUGCAAAUUAAAUCCUAUAGAAAAACAUCCAAUCCCCUUUCAUACGAUACACGUAGAUCAUGUUGGACCAUUUGUGACAAGCAAAAGAAAAAAUAAGUAUAUUUUUGUAAUUGUUGACGCAUUUACCAAAUUCACAAUAAUAGAGCCGGUACAUGAUCAGAAAAGUAAGCACGUGAUCAAGGCUUUAACUGACGUAAUCCAUUUAUUUGGGGUACCUUCAAGAAUUAUAAGUGAUAGAGGUACGGCCUUCACAUCUCGAACCUUUAAAAUGUUUUGUGACACAUAUGGAAUAAGGCAUGUCCUAAAUGCAGUCGCCACGCCAAGGGCUAACGGUCAAUGUGAACGUUACAACAAAACAAUCGUAAGUGCUCUAUCAACAACUGCUGCAGGAAAAGAUGAGCGAGAUUGGGAUAGAUACGUAAAACAAAUACAAAGUGCAUUGAAUACGAGUUUUAACAAAGGCAUCAAUUCGACUCCUAUGGUGGCCCUGAUUGGUUACAAUUCUAAACAUGCAGCUGAGGCGACAGUUUUGAGUGCAAUUCAAAAUGAGAUAGAUAGACUUGACCUAGAGGAGGUUAGGCAUAAGAUUUCAGGACAUAUUGAGGAUGAUCAAAAAAAACAAAAAGAACGUUACGAUAAAAGUCGACGCAAUGCCACCCAGUAUAACGAGGGUGACUUGGUCAGGGUAUUGAUAACGAGUAUACCAUCUACGCGAACUAGCCAUAAGCUACAUGCAAAAUAUAAGGGACCUUUUCGAGUUACGAAAAAAUUAUCCAACGAUCGAUACGAAGUUGAAGACUUACGAGAAGGCUUCAAACGGAAGCGAACUGUUGUAGCUGCAGACCAGGUCAAGGCAUGGGUGACCCUAAUAAACGAUAAUUAG